CGUGACGCGGGCAUGAGUCUGGCCCGCCGCCCGCCGAGCCAGCGCCCCCAGCAGGGGCCGCGGCGCCCAGGAAGCAGCACCCAGACGAGCUGCUGAAGAGUUCCAGGGGCAGAGAGCAGGGCCUGAGUGGGCUUGAGGUGACGAUUCUCAGCCUCUUGCCUGGAGCUGAGGAGAACCAGUUUUACUUCCAGCAGGCUCCGGGAGAAGGAGCUGCUAGAACAAUGCUGAGGCAGCCCCGACGGAGUCUCUCGAACAGGUGAUCGGAGGAGCCAGGAAACCGAGGCCACCUGGGCAUCCCUCCCCUCGCCUGGGCCGGCCAGAGCCUCAAAGACGGUGCAGAAACCAUGGCGACCAAUUUCAACGACAUCGUCAAGCAGGGCUACGUGAAGAUGAAGAGCAGGAAGCUUGGGAUCUACCGGAGGUGCUGGCUGGUGUUCCGGAAAUCCUCCAGCAAGGGGCCCCAGCGGCUGGAGAAGUAUCCAGAUGAGAAGUCAGUGUGCCUCCGAGGCUGCCCCAAGGUGACAGAGAUCAGCAAUGUCAAGUGUGUCACACGGCUCCCCAAGGAGACCAAGAGACAGGCAGUGGCCAUCAUAUUCACCGACGACUCAGCACGCACCUUCACCUGCGACUCAGAGCUGGAGGCAGAGGAGUGGUACAAGACUCUCUCUGUGGAGUGCCUGGGGUCGAGGCUCAACGACAUCAGUCUGGGAGAGCCGGACCUCCUGGCCCCAGGAGUGCAGUGUGAGCAGACAGAUCGCUUCAACGUCUUCCUGCUACCCUGCCCCAACCUGGAUGUGUAUGGCGAGUGCAAGCUGCAGAUCACCCACGAAAACAUCUACCUCUGGGACGUACACAACCCCCGCGUGAAGCUCGUCUCGUGGCCCCUCUGCUCACUGCGCCGCUAUGGCCGGGAUGCCACACGCUUUACCUUCGAGGCUGGCCGGAUGUGUGACGCCGGGGAAGGGCUCUACACCUUCCAGACGCAGGAGGGGGAACAGAUUUACCAGCGGGUCCACAGUGCCACCCUGGCCAUCGCCGAGCAGCACAAGAGGGUCCUGCUGGAGAUGGAGAAGAACGUGAGGCUGCUGAACAAGGGCACGGAACAUUACUCAUACCCCUGCACGCCCACUACCAUGCUGCCCCGCAGUGCCUACUGGCACCACAUCACGGGUUCCCAGAACAUCGCUGAGGCCUCCAGCUAUGCCGGUGAGUCACUGCUGGGCCCCACCCCCACCAGCCAGGAGGCUCUGUGGAGGACAAGGCAUGUUGGGCAGGGGCCUUCUGUCCCGGGCCCAAGGCCUCAGCCUGCCUCUGUGUCCACAGGUGAGGGGUAUGGGACGGCCCAGGCCAGCUCAGAAACGGACCUCCUCAACAGAUUCAUCCUGCUAAAGCCAAAGCCCAGCCAGGGGGACAGCAGUGAGGCCAAGGCCCCUUCCCAGUGACGGCAGAGCUGGCACGCACAGAUGACCACUGGGGCUGCCUGCAGCGUACCGUGGAUGGCAUGGAGGGGCUGUGGGCCAAGAGCCUGGGGAAAGGGAGCAAGUGGUCCCUUCUUUGCCCCUGAGGGUGAGACUGGACCAAGGCAAAGGGCUGGCCAUGCCACCUGAGCAUGUGUGAGGGGCUGGAGCUACCAUGGGACUAUAUACUGUUAAUGAUUUUAAUAUACAUGGCUUAUGAUGUAUUCUAUAUUAAUAAGAUUCCCCCUCCGACCCUCCCUGCCACCACAUACACAUUUUUUAAUCCCAUGACCAGGCCACAGUCAAGGCUAUUUUGAAUGUGAGGGCAGCAGUUUCCCUGUCCCCCAUGGUACCAGCCCUCCUGCUGCCAGGACCUGAGCUGCCAGGGCCAGAGGAGGGAGACACUAAACACUCCCGGUUGCUGCGCUGGCUGCUGGCUUUUCCCAAGCAGCCCAGGAGUGGAGACAGCAGGUGGCUUCUCAGUCCCUCUGGGCCUAGAGUGGCACAGGAAGGAUCCGAACUUACACUGUGCCACUUGGUAGCCUUGCACUUGGAGUUUUCAGCAGAGGUGACAUCUGGUUGACACCUCAGGUGAAAAAUCUGGCUUGAAAAUGGUUUCUGCCCAGACUCCUUCAUGCUUAGCAGGCUGAGGAGACGCCCUGGGGGUGGGGGUGCUGGUAACCUCGGCCCGGGGAGGACAGCCAGUCCCGGGCACUUUCCUGCCCCCGGGCCAGGCCAGCCGAGCAGGACUGCGGGGGUCAGCGCCCUGCUGCCCGCUCUCAGUGACCGGCGUGGGCAGUGCUCCCACAGAGGGAGCCCCUCUGCCCUGUCUGGCCUCCCUCCGGCAGCCGAUGUGCUCAGAAGCCAAGACAACCCCCCCCCCCCCCAUUUCCUCCUCCAUAUGGUGCUGGGCUCCCUGCUGAAAUGCAAUUAAAGCAACUGAUUUUCUAGUGCUGGUAUUUACUGACGACCGUGCAGAAGGGCUAUCUUUUUACUCACAUCAAACCUUUGGUUGCGUGUGUGUUGGGUUGUUUUUAAUAUUUUAGGGUUCUGAUUUGAGGGAACAGACCUUCUUGUAAAUAACCAUUAUUCAAGUCGUGGCAGGAGGAUGAUAAAGCAAGAGGCCCCCUCCGACAGAGCACCGGAGCCCGGGAGGUGGCCACAGCCCGCUCAGCUCUGACCCUGACCCAGGGAAUGACCACCUAGAGGAAGAAGCUAGCCUGAAGGGAGCCCAAAGGCCACGGAGGGGGGGCAGAGCUGGCUGGCUUGGCUAGUGGCACGAUGACGCAUGAAGGCGAUUACGUACGUUUUGCUCUUUAUUGCCGAAAAUAAAAACUUUAAAAGACAA